GACAACGGGAUUGACAACAUGGAUACGUCUGACCUAGGAGGAGGUAUUAAUUGCACGCCACCUGCGAUCGAAGACUUCCCACAUGACUUGUUCGACGAGAAGCAACGACAAGACGGGGCCGUCGUCGUCCACGUCGUAGUAUCCCUUUACCUCUUUAUCGCGUUAGCAGUAGUAUGCGAUAAAUUCUUCGUACCUGCCGUAGAAAAAAUAUGUCACGCACUGUCGAUGUCAAAAGACGUGGCCGGGGCCACGUUCAUGGCUGCGGCGACGUCGGCACCGGAGUUAUUCGUCAACGCUAUCGGAACCUUUAUCACCGAAGGUGACAUCGGUGUAGGGACGAUCGUCGGAUCGGCGGUUUUCAACAUCCUGGCCGUCCCGGCAUGUUGCGGAAUCGGUGCAGGCAUGGUGGUGCCUCUAGACUGGUGGCCGGUCAGUAGGGACUGCCUCGCGUACGGAGUAACCGUCGCCAUCUUAAUCUGCAUAAUACACGAUGAGCGCGUCGAGUGGUAUGAGGCAUUGUCGUUGGUAUUACUGUACAUCGUUUAUAUCGCCGUCAUGUACUGGGACAAAUCCUUCCAGCGUUGCACGAGGUUUCGCACGAAGAAGAGCCAACUGUCGUCGGAAGAUUGUCACAUCUCUACAGGCGAGGCUGGAGAUAUCCACUUAUCGCGAUCCGAUAAAUUGCAAUCGGCCGGCGAUCGCGCGGAGCAAAUUGCAACGAUCGACGUGCCGCUCCAAAAUGGCGGCACGAAAACUCAGGAGGGGAACCACGAUCCCGAGUACGAGUACGAACUCCUGGUGUGGCCAGCAAGAGCCGGCUGGAUAAGGAAAACUGCUUGGAUCUUGACCUGGCCAAUUCAUUUGGUCUUUAUGUGCACGAUACCGGAUUGCGAGAAGCCCCGAUUCAAAAAUUGGUUCCCGGUCACGUUCCUCAUGUGCAUCAUUUGGAUCGGUUCGCUCAGCUACGUCGUUGCCUGGAUGAUCACCAUAAUCGGUGAUACAUUGAAGAUCCCCGACUCGGUAAUGGGCAUCACGUUCCUGGCUGCCGGGACUAGUGUACCAGAAGCUGUAUCGAGCGUAAUUGUGGCGAAGCAAGGACACGGUUCCAUGGGCAUCAGCAACUCGAUCGGGUCCAACACGUUCGACAUCCUGCUCUGUCUGGGUCUACCCUGGCUGAUCAAGUCCUCCUUUUCACCCACGCAGCCCGGGAAGCAUUAUAUCAGCAUCAAUUCCGGGGGCCUGGAAUACAGCGCCAUCUCCUUGCUGUCGACAUUAAUGUUAUUAUACAUCGCGUUCGCCUCUAACAAGUUCCAGUUGGAUAGGAAAGUAGGCCGGGCCUGCCUGUGCAUGUACGCGGUCUUCCUCAUCCUAGCAUCCCUGAUCGAGCUCAAUGUCUUCUUCAGGGUGAAUCUGCCGACAUGUCAGAGGACGGUCAAGUGAGGCCGUCCGAGAUCAGCAAGUCCAGCCAAUUGCCCGUUUCCGUUUGUUCGUCCGUUUUUCCUUUUCCUCCCAUCCGACGAUUGCGAUUAGUCGAGCCUACGCCGUCACCAGAGAACCCUGAGGAACCUCGAGAAACUUACGAGCAACUACCGUACCAACGUCGGGCGGGUGCUUAUAUCGAAUACAUGUGUCUCCCCGUGUGUACAGUGUUUUGAGCGUUACACGUUUAUUCAUACAGUUGAGAAUAACCCAUUUUAUACGAGUCUCUCUCGCGUCGUCGCGUCGAAUCGUCCCGUAGGCGUCGCGACGCUGCAAACUCCGGACCCGCUCCUUUUUCGAGAUUUCGAGGACUACUCGGUCACUUUUCGAGCCCUCGGUGCGGUUCCGAGGAAAUGCAUGCACUGAACUAAAGAUAGAAUAAAUUCCACUCAUUGUCUCAGUUAAAUGUGGAGAACUCGAUAUGCGAGGUGGUUCAACUUAGAUUUCGAGCGAAGUCACAUUUUGGAGUCGAGUCAAACUGUUGAGUAGGACCAACUCGUUUAAUGAGUUCGCAAUAUUUGACUCAGAAUAUCAGUUGAAUUUAUGUCAACUCGAGUUACUCGAAGAUUGCCGACUCGAAUCGACGACUCGACGCCGCAAAUCAAUUCGGCGCGACGAGUCGAGUCAAUCGCGAGUUGGAGAGUAAAAUGAUUCGAAUAAUUACUCGAAUAAAAAAUGAAGGCGAUUGGUAUCUCGGUACGAGUAACUCGGUCUCACUCUUCCCCUCGUAACUCGCAUUCGUUUGUACCGAUAACACGAGUUACAAUAAAAAUGACUCGAGUUUAACGAGUUAAAGUA